ACGUCACAAAUCGUUCUCAAAAUAAAGCUAUAAGCUAACGCAUAGAGCUCGUCUAACUUAUUUACUACAAUAACUACGAAAGAGCGCGAGGCCUGAAGUAAAAAAUAUGCUUAAUUUCUGGUUUGAUAAAAGAUGAAAAAUAAGUUCUACGUUAAGGACUGAUGAUGUAACAUAAUGCUCCUGACUCAUUUCAAAUUUUUUCUAAAAUAACCAUUGGAAGGAUCCUCGUCUUAUCAAAGACUCUUUUUAAUGGCGAUAACCGACUGCCAUGGAAUACACUCUAGAACAAAUUGAUCCGGACAAUCCACAUCCCAUCAUCAUUCGCUUAGAUGGAAAUGAAGUGAUUGUUGGAAGAAAGACUGUGGUAUCACUCUCUUCUCAUAGCUUAGUGUCACGGAGACAUGCCUCCUUUCACAACAUCAACGGAGAAUGGCACAUUAAAGAUUUGGGAAGUCUUAAUUGCCUUUAUGUAAAUGCUCAGAGAGUUGAGAACAAGAACGGUUUGCGAAAAUUGAGAGUUGGAGACACCAUUGGUUUUGGAAUUCCUGUCUAUUUAUCUUCCAUUAAAGAUGGAUUCAUUUGUGUUUUGAAAUCGAAGCUGUCUAUAAAGAAAGAAGAUUUAAAUGAAAGUGAUGUUUUGGUGGUGGAAAAAAACAAAACAGUGUCAGACAUAUGUGAGAAUGGAAAGGAAUCCAAAAAGUGUCUCUCACCAAAAUUUUUUUCUUCGAAUCGAAAUGAGAAUAUAAAUUUAUCUUCUACGUUGCCAGAAAUAUCUUUGAAUCACUUGGAUUCCAAAACAGGUCUGCCAAAAAAUUGCAUUUUCAAUGAUAAUACUAAUAGAAGUGUUUUACCUAAAUCUUUGUCUCUUUCAAGCAUUGGCUUUAAUAUACGAAAAGACAACUGUAAUGAUACCACAGAAGUUUCUGAGCCUACAGUAGCAUUACCAAAAAUUUAUAAUUCAUUACUUCAGUUUGAAGAAACUGUACAUAAUUUUGUUGCCCAUAAUACAAAACAUCUUGAUACAAAAAUUAAUCUUAACUUAUUAGAGAAUAAAGAGAUUAAAUGUGAGUCGGAUGAAGAACGCAUAUUUGUUCAACCGAAUUCUGUGGGAAAGAAACUAAACAAAGUCAACAUAAAAGAUUUAUCUGAAACAUGCGGAAAUCCCUAUUUAAAUUCUUUGAGCUUCAACACAUCUGAGAAACAAAAAUCUGAAACCAGCUUUGAUUCUGUAAUACAAAAGAAAGUAAUUAAAUGUCACUCUGAUGUAAAAUCUGUUCAUUUUCUACCCAUUUCAGGGGAGAAAAGAACCGAAAUUCAAAAUGAUGUUUCAUCCGAUGUAUGCUUAAAUUCCCAUUCAAAUGAUGAUAUUUUAUCUAACACUUACAAAAAAUUGCCCUUUAAUUUUGCUCGAGGGGAGAUUCCAGUAAUUCAAGAUGAAGUUUCCUGCAAUGCAUGUUUUAUUUCUAUUCCAAACAAUGAUCUUCAGCUUCCUGAAAUCCCUAAGGUUAAUAGAGGGCUAUCUAAUUCAAUUGAAAAAGAAAAUGAUAUAACUGUAAUUCAAGAUACAAUAUCUUCUAAUGCAUGUUCUACUUCUAUUACAAACAGUGAUGUUUUCAUUGCUGAAAGUCCUAAGGUCAAUGAAGAACUGUUCAGUUCAUCUGAAAAAGAAAUCGCAUUAGUUCAAGAUGAAUUUUCCUCUAAUGCAUGUUUUAUAUCUAUUUCAAGCAAUGAUCUGCUUCCUGAAAGCCCUAAGGUUAGUAGAGAUCUGUCCAAUUCAAUUGAAAAUGGUAUUGCUGUAAUUCAAGAUGAAAUAUCCUCUAAUGCAUGUUUUACUUAUAUUUCAAACAAUGAUGUUUUUAUUGCUGAAAGCCACAAGAUUAAUGAAAAACGAUCCAAUUCGACUGAAAAAGAUAUUGCAUUAGUUCAAGAUGAAGUUUCCUCUAAUGCAUGUUUUAUAUCUAUUUCAAGCAAUGAUCUGCUUCCUGAAAACCCUAAGGUUAAUAGAGGGCUGUCCAAUUCAGUAGAAAAUGGUAUUGCUGUAAUUCAAGAUGAAAUAUCUUCUAAGGCAUGUUUUACUUCUAUUUCAAACAAUGUUUUAUUUACUGAAAGCCCUAAGGUCAAUGAAGAACUGUCCAGUUCAGCUGAAAAAGAUAUUGCAUUAGUUCAAGAUGAAGUUUCCUCUAGUGCCUGUUUUAUUUCUAUUUCAAGCAAUGAUAUUCUGCUUCCUAGAAGUCCUAAGAUUAACAAAGGGCUGUCCAAUUUAGCUGAAGAUGAUAUUGCAAUAAUACACGACGAAGUUUCCUCUAAUGCAUGUUUUACUCCUAUUUCAAAUACUGAAGUUCAAAUUUCGAACUGCUCUAAUUUCAAGAAAGAAUCCGCUCUAAGUUUUACUGGAGGAAAGACCUCUGUAAUCCACGAUGAAGUUUCAUUUAAUACAUGCUGCACUUCAAGUGAUGUUUUAAUUGUUAAAAGUUCUGAAAAUAUUGAAAAAUUGCAACCCAUUUUGGCUGAAGAAAAGAAUGCAAAACUUCAAAUUGGGUUUUCACCUGUCCUAUGCUUUAAUUCUAUUUCAGACACUGUUUUGGCUGUUAACAAUGAUAAGGGUAAUGAAAAAUUAUCAAGCUUUUCCAAUGUAAAGAUUACAGCACUUCAAAAUAAAUUUUCUUCUGAUACAUCAAUUGAUUUUAUUUCAAACACUAAUAGGUUGAAUGUUAAUAAAGAGUUGUAUCCCACUUUUACUCCAGAAAAGAUUAAAGUAAUCCUAAAUGAAGUUUCAUCAGAUACUGGCUUUAGUUCUUUUUCAAACAUAGAUGCUUCAAUCAGCAACAGUUCAAAGAUUAAUAAGGACCUAUCGCUGAAUGUUUCUGAGGAUAACGUCCAGAGAAUUCAAUGUGAAGUGUCAUCAGAUACUGGCUUUAGUUCUGUUUCAAACACAGAUGCUUCAGUCAGCAACAGUUCAAAGAUUAAUGAGGAUCUACCCCUGACUGUUUCUGGGGAUAACAUCCAGAGAAUUCAAUGUGAAGUUUCAUCAGAUGCUGCCUUUAGUUCUGUUUCAAACAUAGAUACUUUGAUCACCAACAGUCCAAAGAUUAACGAGGACCUACCACUGAAUGUUUUUGGGGAUAACAUCCAGAGAAUUCAAUGUGAAGUUUCAUCAGAUACUGGCUUUAGUUCUGUUUCAAACAUAGAUACUUUGAUCACCAACAUUUCAAAGAUUAAUAAGGACCUACCACUGAAUGUUUCUGGGGAUAACAUCCAGAGAAUUCAAUGUGAAGUUUCAUCAGAUACUGGCUUUAGUUCUGUUUCAAACACAGAUGCUUCAGUCAGCAACAGUCCAAGGAUUAACGAGGACCUACCACUGAAUGUUUCUGGGGAUAAUAUCAAGAGAGCUCAAUGUGAAGCUUCAUCAGAUACUGGCUUUAGUUCUGUUUCAAACACGAAUCUUUUGCUUUCUGACAGUCUUGUGGUUAAUAAAGAUCUACCACUGAGUGUUUCCAAAGAUAAGAUUGAAGGAAUCCAAAAUCACCUUUCAUUAAAUGCAGGCUUCAGUUCUGUAUCAAUCAUGGAUGCUAAUGUUAAUGAAGGUUUCCCCCUGAGUGAUUCUAUCAAUAAUAUUAGUAAAAAUCAAAGUUCUUCAUGUGUUGAAAGAUUUAAUACAAUUCCAAAUACUAAUUUUUUAAAUUUACACUCAGAUGGCACUGGAUUUAAUAGCAAUGAAAAAGUUCCCUCAGUUUCUGUGUGGCUUGAAAGAAACUGUAAUAAAAAUUUUAACGCUACUAAUGUAGCUGAGUGUUCAUGUUUAGAAACUAAUUCUUUAAAAUGUUGUAGUGCACCUCUUAAGAAUGUCAUCGAUUUUGUUAUUGAUUUUUCUUAUGAUUCUACAUGUAAUAAUUUUUUUAAUGAUAGGGUUUUAACUGAAUUAAUUUCUGACCAGUCAAAAUCCUCCGAAGCAUCUGCCACGAUAUCUGAUACUAAAUGCAAGAAAAAAUGCAAAAAUUUUAGAUCAAUUGAAACAAAAACUGAAAUUGCAGAGAUUACUGUUAUUCCUUGUAAUCAGGACACCAUUAAUAAAUCAAUUUCUGAUCAAUCGAAGCUAUCAGAAAAAUCUGCUAAGAAAGCUAAUGCUAGUUGUAAGAAAAAAUGUGAAGGCUUGAAAUCAGUAGAAGUUAACAAAGUUGCAGAAAAGAAUAAAAAUGAUAUUUCUUGCAAUGAAACAAUUGUUAAUAUAUAUUCUGAUCAAUCAAAGAUGACUAAAACAUCUGUUAAGAAACAUAAAAGAAGUGAUAGAAAAAAAAUUAACAUUUCUAAGUUAAGUGGAACAAAAAAUAAGAAUCUAAAAAUUAAUCAAAGUUCUAAAGAAAAUGAGAAAUGUGAGAAUCCUCCUUCACUGAAUAUGCUUGAAGCCUCUGAGUUGCAAAAAGAUAUCAAUGCUUAUGAUUCUUGCACCAAAGGUAUCAAUGCUUAUGAUUCUGCAAUCAAAGGUAUAGAUGCUUAUGAUUCUUCAAUCAAAGGUAUCAAUGUUGAUGAUUCUUCAAUGAAAGAUUUCAAUGCUUAUGAUGAUUCUGUUUCUGAUCUUCCUAAUGAAUUUAUUGAUACUGCCAAACUGCAAACAGUUAUCAAAACUGAGGUUUCUUAUAUUUCUAAUGAAUUAAUUGGAUCUCCCGGGCAGCAAACAUGUGUUAUUUCUGAAGUUUUUUCUAUUACUGAGCCUCCUAGUGAAAUAACCGAAAUACCUUUAUUGCAAUCUGCCAUCAAAUCUGAAAUUGCUUCGAUUGAUUUUCCUAAUGAUAUUAGUACCAAUAACCCUUUUUUUGAUUCAACAAAAUGUGACUUGGCAUUAAGUUCGUACAAAAAUCAGCUAUAUCCUCCUAAUUCACUUGAAAUUAAAUGUAAAAACAAAAAUCCAGAAAGUAGUGAGGGUUGUGCAUUAGUUGUGCGAGACUUAGUACAGCAUAAACUCUAUGAUAGUGACACUGAGUCUUUAUCAGAAACAUGUUUAUCUUCAAUAAAAGAUAAAAGUUGUUAUGAAGCCCACAACUUAAAAAAUUGUUCAGUCUUAUUAGAGAGAUUAGACUUGAAACAGAAGUGCCAUAAUGAGGAAAGUUAUGUUAAAAAUAUUCACGAUCCUAGUUAUUUGAUAAAAAAAUGUACUGUUUUACUGACACGUUGUGAUUCAAAGGAGUUUAAGCUACCAUCAGAUGUCAAAGCUACUUUUCAAAAUGAUUCUAAGUUACUGAGUUGUGUUUCUGGCAAUGGUCCCUUGAACUCAAUUGUUUCAGGAAAAUGCAAAAACUUUAGAAAAGAAAGAAGAAAGAAAGCUUCAUCUGUUAGCUUGGAAAAGAGACUUGAUGAAAGUGGGCAAAAUAAAUGCUCAACACAUUUUUCUUCGCUAAAAGCCAAUAACAGUGUACGGGUUAAAGGUCUUACUUUAUCGAGAGAUGGUUCUGCUUCUAAACGAAAACUUGGUAAAACAGUUCAGAAAGAAAGUCCCAUUUUGUUGACAGAUGGGGCUGCAAUUGAAAAGAGGCUCAAGAAAACAGUUCAGAGAGAAAAUUUCAGUUUAGUGGCCAAAGCCGUUGAAAAGAUUUCCCCAUCGAGUAAACGCAACUCAAAUAAAUCUUAUAAGAGGAAUGAUAUUUAUAAACCUAUUCGAAAGGGUAACGCAGAAAUGCAACAAAUGGGAAUUACUGAUACGCAUACCUCUGAUGGUUUAAAUUCAUCUACUCUAGUUUUGAGUAACAAAAGUGUCGGACAACCGUCGGCUUAUGUUGAAAAUAACAGUUACUUUGCAAAAAUACCUUUAUCAAAGCAGAAGAAAAAUUCUGCUUUGUCUAAGCUAAAAAAACAAGCUCAUACUGCUUCUCAAUAUCAUAAUUCAUAUACUUUCAAGAGAAAAUGCCUUAAUGGAAAACCAUCUUUUUCCAACUACAUCUUUAAGAAGAGAAAGAAAGCAUCUAAAGUUAGACUAAAUUUUGCUGAAAAUCUUUUUUCACCAGUUUAUAGCUUUCAAAGACAGAGAGAUCAAUUUUCCUCUGAAGAUGGUGCUUCAAGAGAAACUGAGGUUUAUAACAAUGGUUCCACACAAAAAACAACUUUAAAAAGUAAGAGGAAAAACUCUUAUCCAAAAAGAGCUAACCGUUUUUCAAGUCGAAUGAACUUCUUACUUGAUUUACCUACUGUACAAAAUCCGAACUCCACUUGCCAAAAAGAUAUUGUAAAUAAAGGAUCUAAUUUUUAUAAAAGUUAUACAAAUUUACUAAGUGAUAAUAGUUCCACACGUUUGCCAACAUCUUGUACAGUUUCUAAGUCACCAAUUGUUGAAUAUAAAAAGACGGUUCCUAAUAAGUCCUGUUUCCCUAUUUAUCAACAAUAUAAUUCCACAAAACUGAAUAACUCGUUUAUGAAUUUUCAAAACAAUGUUACAAAGUAUCCAUCACAAUCUACUCAGGAUUGGUUAGAGCAAGAGUUUUCAAAUGACUCGUACUCUAGUGCUGGUCAAAGUUCAUCUUCUGAAGUUUUAAUCAUGGAUAAUUUCGAUAUGGAUAAUGAUUGCAUGUACGGUUUUGACAUAGGGCCUAUCGGAAAAAACACCGACAUCAUCAUUCCAUGCAACUCAGAAGCCAAUAAUGCUCCUGCCAAAAAACCUUAUGAAUUUUCACACAAGUACAACUCCUUGACUUGCAUUCAAAAAAUCAUGGAAUGGAAUCCCAGGUGGUUAAAUGAGGUACAGGAUUUUUUUCCUAUUGUGGCAAACCGCUCAGGACACCUAGACCUUACAUUCGAUCAUUUUGACACAUACUUUGCUGCAUUUUCUUCCGCCAUAGUCUUGGAUAUAUGGCAAUAUAUGUUGCUCAAAUGCUCAGAACAUAAAUCAACUAACAAAAUUUCUCAUGAUUUUUAUUGUGUGACUACUUUUUGUAUUGAUAAACAUGACAUGGUUGAGCUGCAGUGCUGUUCGUAUGUUACUGACAGUCAGUCCUACACUCCAUCGGAAGGUACGGUAGUUUUUCUAGAUAUCUUUGACAAAGAACGUGAGAUUAAUACUCAGAUGUUCGGGUAUAUAAAUAGGUUCAAAGCUCUUGAACUCAAGGACAAAACCAAAACAUUGUCCAUUGUGCCAAAAGCUAAAAAAUGGGAUUUUAGUAUUUAUGUAAAGAAAGAGAUUUGUUUGGGAAACCAAAUAUUAUUGGCUCGUGGGAUUUGUAACAUUAAGGAUCAUCUGCAAUUGGCUGAUGCAUUGUGUACUUUUCAAUUUUCUCCAUUUAAGAAUAUUGUCUUGCAACUUAAGGAGGAGAAUUUUCUCUUGUGUCAACAUUCACCAGAUAUAACUUCAGCUGAAUAUAUAAACAGAAUGAAGGAGGAAAUAAUGAAUUUCUAUUCACCAUUGAAGGUGCUCUUGUGUCAUGGUGCACCUGGCACAGGUAAAACUCACUCGGUACUGCAGCUGUUGGAAAAAUUGCUUUUUUUUAAUACUUUUAAAUUAAAAAUUUUAGUGACUGCUCCAUCUGAUUCUGCUUUAGAUGAAAUUGGCUUAAGGAUUAUUGAACUAAAUGAACGCCACACUUGGAAAUGUAAAUCUUUAAAUGUUAUUAGAAUAGGAACCACUAAAACAGUUCACCAAAAAUUGCAGGCAUAUGUGCUAGAAGAAAUGGUUGCAAGGAUGUGUAAAAAUCAUUGCCGAAAAGAUUUACCUUCAGAAGAGAAGCUGAACUGCUUGGAAGUUGAAAUUAAUGCCUUGUACCAAAACUUAGGCAAUGCUGCCAGUUUUAAAAAAGUUAAUAGAUUUCUGGCACUGACCCAUCAAAUCAAAUCAAUGGCUGACCACAAAUUGAAAUCGCACAAACCUUUUGUGCAUUUGAAUCAAAAAAGGCUGUCCUCGGAGAAAGAACUGGAUUGCUUGGCUUCUGAAAUUAAUGUUCUGAGACAGGAAUUGGGUACAGCUUCGAGUUUUGAGAAAGUUGAUAGAAUUUUGUCCCUAACCGAAGAACACAAGUUGAUGAGAGAUCAGUAUGAGAAGAAAUUGCGAGAGGCAUCCAAGGCAGCCUGCUUGUCUGCAUGUUCUGGAAGUGUAUGCUCUCACCUCUACUGCAGCAUGCACAGAGCGUGUAAGCAGUACAGGGUCAACUUAUUGGAAGAGUGUGACAUUGUGCUAACAACUUUGGGCAACAGCAUUAAAAGUGUUGUGAAUUUGAUGUCUACUCAAAAUGUUGCCGUGCCUUUUACGUGCUGUAUAGUGGAUAAUGCAUCAGAUUGUACUGAGUUGGAACUGCUGCAGUGUUUGACUAUCGGUAUCAACAAACUAAUACUAUUUGGGGAUGUCCUACCAAACACUCCAAAAAUAGCUCAGAAAUCAAAAUGUGAUCUGAAGCGAUCUAUGUUUGAAAGAUUUUACUCUUUUUUUAAUAAAUUUAAUCUUGAAAGUCCCAUUUUUUCAUUGAAAAAACAGUUUCGUAUGCAUUCUGAAAUUUGCCGUUUUCCUUCUGUGUAUUUCUACAACAACACACUGGAGACUUCACCAGAGGUAGAUGAUCGCUACAGGCUAUCUCCCUUGAAGCCAUAUUUUGUUUUAGACGUUAUAAGUGAUCAGUAUAUCGGGUCCUCGGACGAGAGUGAAGCUGAUCAGUUGGCACUCGCGUAUCUGUGUUCCAUCAUCAAGCAAGCAAUUUCUUCAGCGAACAUUGGUGUGAUAUCCACUAAAAACAGAGUUCCUAUUUACAAUGCUUGUUUGUUUCAAAACGAUUUUUGUAGAGAAGUUGAGGUUAAUACUGUGGACCAUUUCCUUUCCAAAGAAAAAGAUAUUGUAAUCAUCCCAUGUGUCAAAUCUAAUGAUUCAAAUGAGCUUGAAGAUUUUGCAUCAGAUUGUUCUAAGACAAAACUGGCUCUAACGAGAGCUCGCCAAAGUCUAAUAAUCUAUGGAAAUAUAUCCAGCUUAGAUCAUCACAAACAUUGGAAAGCUCUGAGAGAUGAUGCAAUAAGUCGAAAUCUCUAUGCAUCCAUAUCGUCUUUAUUCCAUAUGCCGCUCAUGUUAAAUGAGAUAAUUUUUGAACCAGAUGUAUAGACAAAAUUUUUUAAUUGCAAGCUUUUACAAUUAAUCAUUUUUAUGCCAUUAAUAUUAAUCAAUGUCAGCUCGGUAGCAGAAACCCUCUAGUCUGGCAGAAGGCAAAUAAGAUUAUCACAGCAUCUGUAGAUAAUUUUCAACCUCACAUUUUUAUUAAAACAAGAACGAAUGGGGGGAAAAAAUUGACAACAAAUAAAAAUCAAAAAUAGAGCGAAAAAGAAAAUAUUUUUCUAUAUUUAUGAACAAAAAUAAGGAAUAGUUGUUUUUUACUUUCCUUUUUUAAUUUGAUACCAAAAAAAAGAUGCUUACUUCAUGUUAAUUUUUCUAGUCAUUAUUUUAUUUGUCUUUCUUUCAAUUAAAGGAACCUUAAAUGAGCACAAAUAAGAAUAUCAUAAAUUACAUUUAUGUUAAUUUUUCCCUUUAAAAUGAAAAAAAAAAAAGUUACCAUCUGCAAGUUUAUUCUUUCUUUUUGAUUUCUUUAUUGGAUUUAGUAUAAGCAUAAAUUUUUCUCCUUUUGGGCAAAACUAAAGUAUAAGUAUAUAAAAUUCAAAUUAAAUUUAAACAUAAAGUUUCUAUAUAAAACUUAAUUGUACAGUAUACUUUUGAUAUCCCAAAAACCUUGCUAUGUCAAGAAAAAUUUCUCAUUAGCAUUACAUAUCCACCUACUGUUAUUUUGAAUUCCUAUGUCGAAGGAUUUUUUCUCAAAACCUUGCUAUGUCAGAAUUUUUUUUCGAAAUAAAAAAUAAUUUUUUUUUUUGAGAAGUCACAAUUUAAGUUAAUUGUAAGCCCAUUUUUUACCUUUUAAUGCAUAAUUGUUUUUGUCUUACUUUUGAAAAUAAAAUUAUCAUUGUUGCAUUUAGACUUACAAUCAACUAUCAUUACAUACAUAUUUAAUACUAGUUAUUCGUAUGUUUCACCACUUUUUACAGUAAUAUUUUAAAAUGUUUUUUUUUUUUACUUUUUAGAACACAUUUAGUUCUGAACUUGUUAUCUCGAAAUCUUGAAAUAAUUUUAGUAUCCCUUGAACUUUGAGAUAUCGAGAGUGUACUGCAUUUUUUAUUUGCAAAUUAUGCUUUAUACUUAAGUGUCAUUUUUAAAAUAAUAAUCUCUACCUAAAUCGCAGAAAAUUUUUAAUUUUUGGGGUUUGUGCUACAAAUGACUCUGUAAGUUCUGCUACCAGCAAUGUCAGUAAUAGGAAGUUUAAAUGAAACCCUUAAUGUGUGAGUGAAUAAUAUUGCUAAAUGUCUAUAGCAGAUUUUUUUUUAGCUUAUUGAAAUGUUUAAGUGAAAUCCUAGUGAAUAAAUUAAAUCUAAUGAACAGUAUUGAUCAAUAUGAAUAACAGAUUUUAUUUUAAGUUUAUUGUUAAGGAAACCUUUAGUGAGUGAAUGCAUUUAUCAAUUCAUAAUUAAGUUUGUUUUCAUAGCACAAUAUGGUACUUAGGCAUUAUCCCUGUCAAUUCUUGUGAAAAUGCGCAAAUCCUAUGGCGUCAUCAUAAAGAAAAGCGAUUUCCAAAAUAAACAUUCUAAACACAUUAAGUUUAUCAUAUAAAAAACAAAGUUUAAAAAAAAAUGAUAAAAUUGGAUAAAACAAAAUAAGAAAUGCUGAAACAAAGUGAUAAAAUUUGCGGUUAUUGGCACAGAAGUUACCUUUUAGCGAUAAUAUAGUUUUUGGCUAAAGUAUUCGACGUGGAUAAUUCCAAAGUGCCAAAAUAUAGUUUAUAUAUAUAUAUAUUUUUUUUUGCUUUCUGACAAUCUCUAAUUGAAAAAAAUAAGUAAAAAAUUUUAUUUAAAAAAAUGGAACAAAGUAAAAUAAAAAUUUAUUUAGGAAAUCUUUUAAUUGAAUUUAAAAUUGUUCAGCAAUUUUACAUGAUUUUGCUUAUUUUUUAAAUUUCAAAAUGUGUAAUAAGCAAAUAUGUAUUCAUGAAUUGGAAUUCUUUUAUUGAAUUCGAAAGCAAUCAGUGUUAUACUCUAAUCAGUGCCUGUUAUUUUCUUCAUGCACAUUUUGUUGUCAUGCGCAUUCUUUUUUUUUUUUUGCGAAAGGUUUCGUUGAGUGUCAGUUGUGUUUUUUUCUUCUUUUUAUCGAAACUUUGUUUUUUCUUCAAAGAAACAAGUAUUUUUUUUAAAGGUUAUUUUAAUAACAAGCUGUAAGUUGCGUAUGGUUGUUUUGUUAAAUUUACCUAAGAAGCUAUUUUCUAAAUAUUUGAAAUAAUAAUAUAUACCGUACAGUAUUUUUCUUUUAUUCAGUUUCAUUCUAGACGAUAAAUGAUACUGGGUGAUAAAUAUUUGCCAAGUCAUGGUCUGUGUCAAUUUAUGAUAUUUACUAUUGAAAGUUUAUAAAUAAUUAUAUUGUCCGCAUUUUGAUAAUCUAUUACCUGUUAUCUUUUUUUUAAAAAUAUAAAAAAAAAGUGUUUAAAAAAUAUUUAAAAUUAUGCAACAACUGCAUGAUAUGUUUUUGAUGAUCAUAUCACAUUUGUUAACGCUUUUAAUAGUUUUGGAAUUUUAUAAAAAAUUCUCUCAAACACGUAAAAACUGUUUAGUAAUAUGUACAUGUCUCACAAACAUGAACUUGUUUGAGAAUUUUAUUGUUUAUGAAAGUAGAAAAGCAAAUAUAUAUAUAUAUAUAUAUAUAUAUAUAUAAAUAUUUGAAUGUUAUAAACACAAAGUAAACAUUGAAUUUUGUACUAUUUAUCAGAGCUCUAACAUUUUUACAUGUUUGAACAUCUAAUUUUAUUACAUAGUGAUCAAAACAUGAAUAUGUGUGCCUAUUAUGAAACUGUGGAAUUACAAUGACAUUAAAUAACAUAUCUACUUCAACCCUUCUGAUUACAGUAUGAAUUUGAAGUAUUAAGUAUUAUUAACAAAUAGUUAUAUAUGAAGUGUAUUUUAUGAAGUGAAAGCAGAGCUGCAUUAAAAUUAUCAAAUAAGUAACAUUAUCAAAAUUAGGGAGAACUAUUGGCAAGUGUAUGCCCUUCAACAUGUUUACUUGAAAAUGAAAAUAUAUUUAUAAUAAGUUUUUUUAUUAAUUGCUUUCUUAUGCACAGUGUUUAAACCUUUUUUCUUUUCUUCCUCUCCUCGGUACCGUUUUUUCCCUCGCCCUAUCUUGCAAUUUUUGUCGAAGUUUUAGUUGGUACUUUUUUUUAUAUUUGAUUAAAAAUGCAUGGUCAGACAUCAUGUAAAUACAUCAAAACCUUUUGGGAGCGACCACUCCACAAUAAAAUGACCGUUGAUAGCGGUUGGACGCUUUAAGAGGUUGCCUCCAUUAUCGAAGGUACAUGAUUUUUGGCGAGUGAUUUUAAUUGUAGUAUCAUUUUUUUGGUGCGGUAAUGCCACUUAUGUUGGCGUCAUGAAGAAUGGAUCUAUGAAUAAAAUUUAAUGUCUAUAAAAAUGAUCCCAACUGAUAUAAUUAUGUGUAAAAACAAUUUUACCAAUUAUGAAUAAUAGAACUAUUUUAUAUAAAUAAACAAUUAUGUCUUUUGUUUAAGUUUGCAUUUAAUUUUAUAGAAUGAAAAUUAAUUAGCUUUAAAAGGUAAGAAGAUUAGUAAGAUAUUUGAGAUGCUUUUUUUUUCUAAAAUAACUGUUUUUUUUUCUAAUUUAACUUUCAACUCUAAAACAAUGAUAGCAUUGUGCGCUCUGACUACAACUGGAGGUUGUAUCAUCAAAAAGAGCUCUGAGGGUAGAUUAGAAAAAACAUCAGUAUUCAGAGUACCGGUUAGAUGUAUACCAGACAGUGGCACUUAACUAGACCUAGUAUAACAAAGCUACUAUUGUCAACAUUCACCUGUGGAGGUCUACAAACACCCAUUUCGUUCAUUCACAGUUACAGAUAUACUGAUUUUUUUAUGAAAUAUUUUAUGUGCAAUGUUUCUAAAAUAUAUAUUUUUUACACAAUAAUGACCCCAAUACCUGCUGCUCUCUUAUGGACACUAUAUAUAUUGCAUUUAAUUUUAGAUUUAAAAAUAAGGAAUUUUGUUUGAAGGUUGAUUUUUGAUUUGAAAAUCUCUUUACAAAUUUUAUAAUUAUAUUUAAGGAAAGAUUUUUUUUAAAUGAAAAAAAAAAUGAAUUUAUUUUUUAAAUACACUGAAACAUUCUUUUUGGGUUUUGAUCAAAUUUCGACUGUGAUAAUCACAUCGCAUUUAUUUUUUGAAUUUAUGUGAAAUUUACUUUGUUGAUUGUUGCUGAAAUGCAAAAGUGCCAAAACUGUUUGUAAAAUAUUUUUUGUAUAAAAUAAAACAUUUUUAAGUUACCAGUCGUUCCUAUCCAAUUCAACAAAAAAAUUGAGGGAAAAAAAUUUUGAUGCAUAUUUAUUUCAUUAAAUAAUUGAGUGGGAAAAGUCGUUAAGUGACAUUUUGAAAAAGUCUAAAUCCACUAAAUUUAAGAAAAUGUGUUUUCUAAACAGUUACUUAAUUUUUGUCAAAUGGAUUUUGCAAAUUCUUUUUUUAAAAUGUCACUUGAAUGUGUUUUCUAAACAGAGUCCUGGUUUUUCUAAUUCAUUAAAAUGUCAUUUGUUUCUCUUAGCUGAAGAGCUUUGAUAGUGAAAAGUCUCAUCUUACCUAAAGGUGACCUUUUUACUUAAGCUGUUCCUUAGCAUUAUCUCCAAAUAAAUAUUUUACACAAG